AUGGAGCAGUCACAGUGUGGCAGCGGCAACCGCGGCGGUAGAGGCAGAUCCCAGCUGGCCCCGGGGCUGGGGGCGGCUGUCCCUCUGCCCCCAUCCCCAGCUUUGUCAGGGUCUCCGGGGAUGCCUGUUCCUCCAGCUUUCCUCCGGCCUCCAAGCCUUUUUCUGCGGGCAGCCGCCGCCACCGCCGCUGCCACCGGGAGUGGAGCCUGCCCACCAGCGCCUGGGUUGGAGAGAGGGAUGGCGGUGGUGGGCUGCGGCUACCCGCGGACCCCCAAGUGCGCUCGCUGUCGCAACCACGGCGUGGUGUCAGCGCUCAAGGGCCACAAGCGCUUCUGCCGCUGGCGGGACUGCGCUUGUGCCAAGUGCACCUUGAUUGCUGAGCGCCAACGCGUCAUGGCCGCCCAGGUGGCGCUGCGCAGGCAGCAGGCUCAGGAGGAGAGCGAGGCCCGCGGGCUGCAGAGGCUCUUAUACUCUGGACCCCCGAGACCAGGAGGUCGGACAUCCCGAGGCAGCGCUGGAACCCAAGACCUCCAGGCAGCCAGUGUUCCUGCAGCGGUGGCUGCACUGGGACCGGGAGCCUUGAGGCAGCAGGCUAGUGGUCUGGCGACUCCCGCUUUUGAAGUUUUCCAGCCGGACUAUCCGGAAGGAAAACAAGAACAAAACAUAAGUAAAUGUGGCUCAUAUCAGAGUGGACAAGAAGAAUCUGUCUCCAAAUCGCAUCAACUUUCCCUGGGAUCAUCUCCUGAGUCUAAUGGUAUCAUUGGAAAGCAAAACAUCAGAUCAUGUAUUUCAGAAAACUCAAAUAAGGAUGAUAAUAUGCUGUCUUCUCACCCUGGAGAACAAUCAGGAGGUGAAGAGAGUCCCAGGUCCUUAUCAUCCUCUGAUCUGGAAUCAGGAAAUGAAAGUGAGUGGGCCAAAGACUUCACUGCUCUCAGGUCUUACCUUCCCACAGUGUCUUCAAGACCAAGAGAUCCUCUUGAUAUCCUUACCAAGAUUUUCCCAAGUUACAGGCGCAGCCGGCUAGAAGGCAUUCUACAGUUCUGCAAAGGGGAUGUGGUCCAGGCCAUUGAGCAGGUCUUAAAUGGGAAAGAACACAAGGCAGAUACCGGGGAGCUAGAAAGCUCAGGAGCAUCUGGACCUACAGCCUUUCAGAGAGCCUCUAACUUUAGUCUAGGUGCAACUGGCUUUAGAACUCUAGGGAAUAAAUCAGCAUUCUCUCCUAUUCAGACAACUUCUGCUUCAUAUGGAAGCGAUUCCAGUCUCUACAGUUUAAGUCCUAGACUAGGUAUCAACCCACUACAGCUGGCAUAUUCUUCUUCAGGAAGGGCGCUAUCCAGUUUUAUGUCACCCUACCUGACGUCUGGGUUGAUACCUGCAUUGCCUUUUAGGUCAGCUUUGGAUUAUUCUUUUUCAGGAAUGAUUAGGGAUUCUUCUUACCUCCCAAGCAAAGAUUCAGUAACUGGUGGUGGACUGUAUUCCAGACUGAAUCAGGAUGAUCAUUAA